AUGGAUAAAGAAGGAGGUGGUAAUAGCAGUGGUGGAAGGCAGCAAAGUGGUAAAGUUACCAAUAUAAGCUGUCCGGUAUGUGGGGAAUCCAUAGAAGGUUUAACGAAAUUAAAUAACCACUUAGAUAUAGAUCAUGGGUUUGAUAAUGGAUCACCAGAGGUACAGAAGAGGAAUAGUAAGAAUCCAAAGACGUCUAAAGUACAGCAGAUUGUUAAAAAUCACUGGCAGAGACCUGAUUCUUACGGUAGAGCCGUCUGUCAAGAGUGUGGGUCUUCUUCUAAGAAGUCUAAUGCGUUCAUCAAUUGCAGGAAAUGUGGACUAAUAUACUGUAAUUUGCACUGCAAGAAUAUUAUCAAACUUAAUACGGACGCUCAGUAUGAUCCCUUACAUGGAAAGUGGUAUGCAUGCUGUUAUCGAUGCUUUAGUGAGAGACCAGGAUAUAACGAUUAUGGGAGCUUUGUCGAUAAAACAAGUUCCUUUAUUGGAUUACGGGAGACCAAAAAUGAAGAUAAAAGAUUACGAUUAUUACAGUUGGAAAAUAGACUUGUCAGAUUAGUGAAUGGAAUAGCAAGUAUUCAUGCAAAAUGCAAAUCCAGUAUUUUAAUGAGUUUUACUAUGCGUAACGAGGCAUCGGAAUUGGAACGAACUGUAACGCCAUGGAGAAAUGAUAGAGGCGUGCUUGAUUGUUCCGUUUGUUUUAAACCAUUUGGAUUAACCCUUUGGAAACACCAUUGUCGAUUAUGUGGGAAUAUCGUUUGCAAUCGUGAUGAAACAGGUUGCUCUAGCGAAAUUUCACUUCAACAUCUAGUUAAUGCCGCUAAGGAUUUACCUUACCAACAAAAGGUUUCUGAUCUUGCUGAAAUUGAUCAUUCGAUAAGGUUAUGUUAUAAAUGCAUAAGGAGUUUAUAUGGGGAGAGAAAAUUUAAGAAGGACCUACAAAAACCUAAACCGCAGCUUCUAUCGUUAUGUGAGAGCUUAGAAAGCACCUCCAAACUAAUAACUGAUACGAUCUCUCACAUGGAGAAGUUCAUGAUAAGGAUGGAUGAUUCCAAGAUUGCAGAACAGAUACCGAAAGAGGAGGAUAUGACGGAAUCGAAAAAAAUGAGAACUAAACUGUUGAGAUCUGUAGCCAUGUACAACAGUUUAGCGAGACAAGUAUCUAGAAUUACUCCUGCUAACCCCACAGAGGCUAAGAUUAAAAGAUCUGUGCAAGUUGCAUCAUCUACAUUUAUCAAUGAAAAAAUUCUAAGCUUAAAGAGAGUACCAGGAAUGAUUGAUGAUUCUCCCAGAACUAGUUCUCCAAUAAGAGAACCUGAUAAAGUCAAGAGCACAGAUUUAUUAUUUAACAAUUUGACCAUAUCAGAAGUGAAAAAGUACAGAGAAGAAUUGAUGGUAUUAAAAGAGCAGAAAUUUCUAGUGGAAUCCAUGAUAGAAGAGGCUAAGAAGCAGCGAAAAUUUGACGAAGUGGCCACAUUAUCUACUAAUUUAAAUGAGCUCUCAGAACAAAUUGCAACGACUCAAGGUAACCUGGGAGAGCAAGGUUUCACAUAA